AGGAUCAUGUAUAUCAUAUAUCGUUCAGGUAGAACCUUUUUUUUAUUUUUUUGUCAAAUGUGUGGGAUAAGAAAAAGUUGAUAUAUGUAUAUAUACAUUGAUAAAACAGGUAAAAUUCGCAAAAAACGAAUACCUAUUAAGGAGAACCUAUUAUAAUUUCGGAUAUCACGAAAAAAAGAAAAAAAAAUAUUUGGAAAGAAACAUUUAUGUUUAUUUAACAUAAAGGUUAUGUGUUUCCGAAAACUCAAUCAAACAUUAUGUUUAGUAAAAUUUCACCAAAUAUAUCCAGAGAACAAAAUUUAACAGCAUUAGAUUUGCGCAAUAAUCAAAACGGCGCAAUAAAUAAUGAAGCGGAACAUAGAACUCAGGGAAUUGUUUUCAAGAGAAAGAAGAAGAGAAAGCAAAAGAAAAACGUGACAUCUAUUUCUUUGCAAGAGAAUAACACUCAAAUCGGUAUAGAAACAAUUGAUUCUGAUAAAUCUCGCAAUUUACAUCUUGCUAAUAAUAAUUCUAUUUUGCCAAAAACAACAGAUUUAUCAAGUACCAGCAUCGAGGAGGAUAAGAGAGCAGGUAAUACAAUUGACAUAAAUAUCCUGAAAAAUUUAUUAAAUGAAAAUGGAGAAGCUUCUGGCAGGAGGGAAGAUAGAGAGACAUUCAAUUUUUUGCAACAGGACGAACUAGGAAAUAAACAAAUCGACAUAAAUCAUUUGGUAGCUGAAGUUCACAUUUUACAGUUUAAUAAUAAAAAAGACAACGACACUGUUUCUGUUUCAUCAAAAACAGCUGAUUUACUAAGUACUGCAAAACACAAUGUAAAUAAAACAAAUAUCUCUACUCUGCAAAGCUCAUCGACAGAAAAUAUUCCAGAAAAUCCUCCUAGCGUAAGAAAGAAGAAGAGAGCAAGCAAUUUUUGGCAAAAAAACUGCAAGCAAAUUGAUCUAAACACAGAAAAUUUGAAGGACAAAGAGCAGACUAUUUUGCAAUUUAAUAAUUGUAACAAUGUUUCAUCAAAAGCUGCUAAUUCACUGAAUACUAAUACUGUUAAAUGUAGGAAGAGCAGAGAAGAUACAAAUAACAAAAGUGUCUCUGGUUUGCAAAAUCCGAAACUUAUUUUUUCUAAUAUAGAUUACGAGUUCCAUGAAGCAAAUCAUGCCAUAAUCGAGACGUUUGCUCUCAAUAUAUAUUUUUCUCUGUGUGCCGAUGACAGAGAAACUUAUUGCUUAGUGUGCGAUAAGAUUCUUCAAAUUCAAAAUAAUUUCCGGGAAAAUCUUUGUGGACACAUUCAAUCAAAGAAGCAUAUAAAACUAUUGUCCCAGAUGAUAGAGGAUGAUAAGGAAUGUUUGAAGGCUGGAAGACUCUUUAGCAAACUAGGAUUGGCACGAGAAUACAUGAGAAGCAAAAAUGGUAUUGUUGAAUGUUUGUUAUGUAAUAGCAAGAGUUUCUCCAGCGAGGUACAGAAUGAUGAUGUAUCUUUACACGAUCAUAUAUUAAGUAGCAAGCAUCAAAAUUUCAAGUUGUCUUGGACAUCGUCGGUAAAGAAUAUACUGCGAGACGUUCAUAAUAAAUUCCGAAGCGUAUACAACGUCAGGAAAUAUUGUUGCGAAUUUUGUAAUUAUGAAAGCACAUCGGAGAUUUAUUUCGCAAAACAUCUGCGUGUACCUCAUCAUACGACACGAUUAGUUGCAGUUCCUGAUUAUGUAGAGAAAUUUAAGUUCUAUUAUUGCGCUGCAUGUCUACUCUUGUGGUUUGGAAAUUCUGAUAUGUUUGAUCGACAUUCUGAGAAAACUGAACACAUACGCAGGCUAACAUACGGUUCUGAUCUCGAUCAUUUGCCAGAACAAGUAAUACAACUCUUAAUUAUGGCCAACCAGAAUGCUGAAGUAUUGCUUAUGCAAUCCAAUAGCAUAUGUUAUAAUAAAACGAUAAUUAAUUACAUAUUGCGCGAUUUGAUAACUGAGCUGCAAAAAUAUAUUCCAAAUAUAAAAGCUCAUCCUUUUGGAUCCAGGAUUUCAGACUUGGGUUUUGCUGACAGUGAUAUUGACAUCUUCCUUGAUUGUGGUAAUAUGUAUGAAGGGAGGAAUUCAUCAUAUAAUCAUUGUCAGAAUCUUAUUACACACAUUGUGUAUUAUCUAUCCCUUAAUAAAACAAUUUGGAUGGUUCAGGAAAUGAUAUUACGUAGUAGAACGCCAAUUAUAAAAGUACAACAUAAUCCCUCAGGAUUUAUAUGUGACAUUUCAGUUACAAAUGGGCUAGCAGUGGAAAAUACCAAAAUAAUUAAGUGUUUUAAUCAUACUUUUCCACUAUGUCGAAAAAUGAUUUUGUUUCUUAAACAUUGGAUGCAUAACAGUGGUUUAUUAGGGUCACAUGUUAUAACAAGCUAUGCUCUCACAUGGUGCGUUAUUUUUUAUCUGCAAACUCUGUUAAUCUUUCCCAGUAUCUCACAACUGAUAAAAUUGAGAAAUAGUUCAUGGCGAAUCAGUGGUUGGGAAGUUGGUGUAAGCUACAAUUUCCCUGUUAAGAAAAUAAAUCACACAUUUGAGGAGCUUUUAUUAGGAUUUUUUAAGUUUUAUGCAGAUUUUAAAUAUAAAAGUCAUGUGAUUUGUCCAUUGUUGGGCCAGCCGAUAGAAAAAAAUGCAUUUACAAAUCUAUCAAGUUUACCGCAAGAUAUGGCACCAUAUGUUGCUUAUAUGCAUGAUGCUUAUACGAAAGAGAAACCUCAAGCUUUUUUCUUAUCACCAUUAUGUGUACAAGAUCCAUUCGAUUUAUCACAUAAUCUCACGAAGGCAGUUAAUAAUCAAAUUAAGAAUCAAUUGAUUACAAGACCAGUAAAAAGAAAUGGGGAUAAGUUACAAACAGGACAAAAAAAGACCAAUGCCUUGGAUCGUUAUAAUAGAAUGUAUCAGAAAAGAUUUCUAGAUUUUGAGAAAAUUAUGUUUACUUGCAGUUUGAGGAAGAAGAAUGAUAUUGAAUGUAAUUUACAACUGUAUGCUGUUGAAUACAGAAAUAUGCGCUGUCUUGCAUGUAAUGUUACACAUUUAUACAAUAUAGAUACAUUGUACGAACAUAUUCAUUGUGAACAACAUAUUAUGCAAACACAGCUGAAAGAAAGCAGUGAAAAGCAGAAACUAAAACUAUUAAGAGAAUUAAUUAAGAUAGAGUUUAGAAAAUGUUAUGCUUGCAAUCAAAAUGGAAAGUUAAUGCAUGAUACAUCCAAAAUCGAGGAACAUAUGCAUUAUCCUUUACACAAGCAAAAUCGUAACAAGGUACUUCAGAAAGCUAUGUGUGUAUUACAAGACUUCGAUACUGUAUUAUGGUACAGCAUCCAAUACUUUGCUUGCGUCGAGUGUAAGAGAAGAUUCCGAAUGAAGAUAAAGUUUAUGGAACAUCUUGACAAAAGUCAUAAUGAACUUCUACGUACAAAGGAUAAUACAAAAUUUGAUUUUUGCCUUCUGUGUGCCACUUUGUGGUAUAACAAAGGGGGGGAUUCAGUUUAUAAACUACACUGUAAAAAACGGACCCAUAGGUAUUUAACAAGAAGUAAUGACUUUGUAAUCAGGCCGCUACCACAAUCUCUGCAAGAAUUAUUGAAAAAUAUUAACGAAACUGUCGUUAAUCUACUUAAACUAUCGGACGAUACAUUAAAGGAUUCAAGAACAACUCAACUCGUGGAUGCUUUAAAGCAUACUUUCGAAGAUCAAUCGUUUUAUGUAGAAGUGUACAUGUUUGGUUCUAGAGUCACUGGUUUAGCAUUGCCAAACAGUGAUAUCGACAUAUAUCUUGAUUUCAGUAAAAUUGAGUGUACUUCAGUGAACUAUAUUAAUAUAUACCGUAAGGAGACUGCAUUAAUACUUCAGAAAAGGAGUAAACAAAUUCAAAAGUAUUUACAGAUUGAUGGUGAAAAUUGGGAAAUAGAAUUAAUUUUGGACGAGAGCAGGACACCUCUGAUAAAAGUAAAGCACAGAUUGACAAGAUUACAAUGUGAUAUUUCAUAUACAAAUGGUCUUUCAGUGGAAAAUUCUAAACUUAUCAAGUCUUUCAAUACGGCAUAUCCGAAUUGCCGAAAAUUAAUAUUGUUUUUGAAAAACUGGAUCUUAUUAGGAAAUUUAACUGGUUCUGACGGAAUAACGAGCUAUUCUCUCAGCUGGCUAGUCAUCUUUUAUUUACAAGUUGAAUAUAAAAUACCGACUAUUGCUGCUUUGAUUAAAAGCCAUAAUCAUUCGAAAAUUGUAUGCGGCUGGGAAACUGGAGUCGAUGUUCCUACAAAAAAUGUACUUGAAUUAUUAAAUGCACCAAUAUGUACAUUGUUAUUAGGAUUUUUUGAAUAUUAUGAACGCUUUAAUUACAUGGACAAUGUUAUAUGUCCAUUGUUAGGCAAGACAUGCCAUAAAGAAAUUUUUACAGAAGAUCCAUCGUCUUUACCCGAUACUAUGAAACUCUACAUUAUGCAAUUGCAGACUACAAAACCGCAAUAUUUUCGUAUUGAUUCACCUAUGUGUGUGCAAGAUCCGUUAGAUCUUUCGCACAAUUUAACAAAGGCUGUGUCAAUUUUAACGCUUAAACAUUUUAAACAAUAUUGUAAAGAAAGUGCAUCGAUGUUAUAUAAUAUUAAUGGACAAGUUUGUCGAAAAAAAGAUACUUAAUUAUAAAGAAUCACCAUCUUUUUAAUUAAUUAAUAUGAUAGAGAUCAAUGUAUUUUUAUAAUUGGACUAUAGGAUUAAUGACAUUAAAAAUAUUUUACAUUAGAUAAUGACAAUUUCAACUAUUUUGUAAUUACAUAUAUUUCUUGUAAUGUCUAUUCUGAUGGUGAUAAAGUAUUAUAUAAAGUACAAUACGCAAUAUAUUU